UAUAAAACCUCAAUUCCGCAGUUGCUCUGGUUCCUGUCCUUCCCAGAACCCAAUUUCAAUCAUCUCUACAUCGAUCUCGCAGAACCCUUCAAUCGGAAAUGAAUGUCGAUAACGGUUCAGAGAGCGCGAAGCUUGACAACUCGUCCAUGCAAAUGGAUUCCGGUGACUCUUCCGAUCAAGUAAAAGACAAUGAGAAGGAAAAGAAAGAACUCACUGAGACUAUGAACAAGCUGCAUAUUGAAGGAUGUUCUUCUGGAAAUGGAUUUCCUAACUUUCGAAGAAAACCUGUCAUCAUUAUUGUUGUAGGAAUGGCAGGGAGUGGGAAAACUACACUCAUGCAUAGGUUGGUUGCCCAUACACAUAUAAAAAACAUCCGGGGUUAUGUGGUGAAUCUUGACCCUGCCGUCAUGACCCUUCCAUAUGCUUCCAACAUCGAUAUAAGAGACACUGUUAAAUACAAAGAAGUCAUGAAGCAGUUUAACCUUGGCCCUAAUGGUGGAAUUUUGACUUCUAUGAACUUGUUUGCCACCAAGUUUGAUGAGGUAAUCUCUAUGAUUGAGAGACGGGCAGAUCAACUUGACUAUGUUCUUGUGGACACCCCUGGUCAGAUUGAAAUAUUUACCUGGUCUGCUUCUGGUGCUAUCAUUACAGAAGCUUUUGCAUCCACAUUUCCCACUGUAGUGGCCUAUGUAGUUGAUACACCUCGUUCAGAAGAUCCUACAACUUUCAUGAGCAACAUGUUGUAUGCUUGUAGUAUCCUCUAUAAGACAAGGUUACCUCUCAUCCUGACAUUCAACAAAGUUGAUGUAGCAGCACAUCAGUUUGCAUUGGAGUGGAUGGAGGAUUUUGAGGCAUUCCAAGCAGCAGCAAGUUCAGAUCAGUCAUACACAUCAACUUUAACUCAAAGCCUUUCUCUUGUGCUAGAUGAAUUCUACAAUAAUUUGAAAUCAGUUGGAGUUUCUGCUGUUUCUGGUGCAGGAAUGGAAGCCUUCUUUAAGGUUGUCGAAGCCAGUGCAGAUGAAUACAUGGACACCUACAAGGCUGAUCUUGAUAAAAGACGAGAAGAGAAGCAACGUUUGGAGGAAGACCGUAGGAGGGGCGACAUGGAUAAACUGAGGAGAGACAUGGAGAAAUCUGGGGGAGAAACUGUAGUUUUGAACACUGGUUUGAAGGACAAAGAGAAAAGUAAAAGUAAAAGUAUGAUGGAUGAGGAAGAUGAGGUUGAGGAGGACGAGGUAACGGAAGAUGAUGAAGAUUUGGGGAUAUAUACUGAAGAUGAUGAUGCUAUAGAUGAGGACGAAGAUGAGGAGGUUGAUAGGUUCGGCCUGUGAUGGGAUUAAUCAUCAAUUGGACUGUAUCAGAGUUUGUAUAGCACGUUUUUCACCUUCAUAUGGUGUACAUGUUUACAACCUUAAAAGUUUGAUUACCAAUUAGCCAACUAGUUUAUUUCAUAUAACUCCAUUUGCUCUAGGUUUAUUUCGUUAUGUUUUUGCAAUACUUUCAAAGAUAGUUGUUUUUUUUUUAUGCAACUUGUUUUUGUAUUUAUAAAUGACUUGAACAUUUGCUGCGCCAGAAA